AUGGGGGAUCCAGGCGAGCCGUUUUCGCUCGACUUGCACGGGCCGGGCGCGUCCGCGCUGCGCGCCGUCGUGCGCGACAAGCUCGCUGAUUUCUCCGAGAGCUUCACCGACGACGUCCUCGCGGAGUACGUGGUGGUGCUGGUGGCGCACGGCAAGCCCAAGAGCCACGCAGCCGAGGAUCUCGAGGCGUUUCUGGGCGACCAAACCGCCGCCUUUGUCGACUGGUGGCCAAACCCCCCCUUCCUCCCUCCUCCCCUCAUUAACAGGCUGUGGCUUCACCUGUCUGCCAACAUUGGGAAAUACAACGCGCCCGCUGCCCCAGAUACCGCAGGUGCAGGGAAGGAUGGGAGAGAAGCGUUGGCAAAGGAGGAGGAGAAGCGGGCCGAGGGGACGCGAGACGAGGGACGAAGGAGGGAGGUUGUUGAAGUGAGGGAGGAUGGCGGCAGGGUGUGGGAGGAGAAGGGGAGGGAGGAGAGGGGACGAGAUGGGAGGGCGAGAGAAGAGAGGGGGAGAGAGGAGAGAGGGAGGGAAGAGAGGGGGAGAGAAGUGAGAGGGCGGAGCAGGGAGAGGAGUGGUGAGCGAGGCAGGGAGAGAGGGGGAGAGAGAGGAGUGAGUGGAGAGAGGGAGGGAGGCUGGAGCAAGGAGCGGGAGAAGGAAAGGGACGGAGACAGGAGGAGCCUGGAUGGAAGGACAGACUCGUGGAAGGGCAAGAGAGGAAGGGAUGGGGUUGUUACGGGGCGUGAGGAAGAAAGGGGGAGGGGGUAUGAGGAGAGAGGGAGAGGGUAUGACGAAAGAGGGAGAGGGUAUGAGGAAAGAGGGAGAGGGUAUGAGGAGAGAGGUAGAGGGUAUGAGGAGAAGGGGAGGGGAAUUGAGAAGAAAGGACGGCUUUAUAUGGACGAGGUACGAGGGGCGGAGGGCGAGGAGGAAGGGGGAGUUGAGAGGAGAACGGCGAGGGGGGCGGAGAGGGACGUGAGGGCGCGUCGGGGUGGGUCUAGAUCAUGGUCUCCCCCAGGAAAGCGGGAAGAGAGGGAGCAGCGGAGGGAGGAGAGGGGAGAGGAGGGCGCUAGGCGGAUGGAGGAAAUGAGGGGUGGGGGAUUGGAUAGGGAGGAGGCAAGGGGUGGAGAACUGGGAAGGGCGGUUAAGAGGCGGGUGUCAGGGGAAGGGGGCGGUGAGGAGUGGCGGGGGAGGCAUGAGGGGGAGAAGCAGGGGGGGAAGGGGGGGCGGGAGAGGGUGCGCGCUGAGAGGCAUGGGGAGGAGGAGCGGGCGCGGAUGAGGCGGCUGUUUGGCAGCAGCCUGGGCGAGGGGGCGCGGAGGCGGGCGACUGUGGACGGGGGGAGGGCGGAUGGGGGGAGGGCGGAUGGGGGAGAGAGAGCGGUGGCGCGGAGACGGACAGAGGGAGAAGUGGGGGCGGAGGGGGCGGAGGGAGCGGCGGGAGCAGGACUGGAGGGUAGCGAGGAGGCUGUGAGGAGGAAAGGGCGUGGGGCGUUUGCACUGGUGGCCGCGAGUGAGAGGCGGCUGGAGGGCGAGGAGGGGAGGUGGCAGGGCGAGGAGGGGGUGGAAGUAGGGGGGGAGGAGCAAGAGGGAGGGGACGGUGUGGAGAGAAGGGAUGGGAGGGGCUUGGAUGGGACACAGGAACGGAUGGCAGGAGGGCAGGUUGUGGGGAAAAGAGGGCGGCAAGUGGGCGGGGGAGCAAGGGGAAUGGGCGGCAGGCUGUGGCAGUUUGCGGUGAGAGACGCUGUGAAGCCUGCGAGGGAGGUGCGUGCUGCUGCUCACCCCCAUGCUGCCACUGCGGCUGCACCUCUUGCUGCUGCUGCCGCUGCAAGAAGUAAUGGUGAGCAACAGGAGGAGGCAGGAAGGGCAGUGGAAGUGAGGGCGACGAGGGAAGUAAGGCGAAUUGUCGUGUCUGCCCCCAGCCGCUCUGCCAUUCAAAGGUCUCCUGACCUCGUUGCUCCCCCUGCUGCCUCCGAUGGUGCCUCCCCUUGUGCUGUGAAGGGUGCUGCUAGAGCAGCUAGUGAGGAGGAGCGAGUGGCAAGGGCAGAGGAGAGAAGGGAUUGGGGGAGAGGAGAGGAGAGAGGAGUGGAGAGAGGGGAGAAGCAGGAAAAGGAUAGAGGAGAGGAGAGAGAAGAGGAGGGGGGAGAAGAGGAGGGACUGGAGGAGGAGGAGGGGCGUGGGGCACGGAAACGGUUGCGAUCAGUGGUGGUGUCUCUUCCUGCUGACGCCCCUCGCCGGAUCAAGGCAGUGCGGAGGCAGGGGAGGGAGGGGCGGGAGGGGAGUGGGGGCGAGGAGGUAGAGGAAAGAGCAAGAGUAGAUUCAAGAGGUAGGGGAGGGAAGGAAGGCGCAGAGGCAGGUAGAAUGGGAGGGAGCAUAGAGGAAGAUACGGAGGGCAGGGAGGGGGCGGAGAAGGAGGGUGGUAAAGGGAGUGUGUGGGCGAGGCUGGGCAAACGAUGUGUGCAGAGGGGUGGAGAUGGGCGGAUAGUGGUGCAGAGGCAAGCAGAGCUUGGGGAAGAGUAUGGGGAAGGGUUUGGGGGAGGGUAUGAGGAAGGGUAUAUGGGUGGGUAUGCGGGAGGGUAUGGGGGAGAGUAUGGGGAAGAAUACGCAGGAGAGUAUACGGAGGGGUUGAGAGGAGUUGAGCAGGGUAUGUGGAGUGAGGGAGUAGAGGGGUGGGGCGAUGGGAGAGGAGGAGAGGGAGGGGGGAUGCGAGUAAGGUUUGGAGGAGAGGACGAGGAGGAGGACGAGGAGGAAGAGGAGGGGGUUGAGGGCCUGGAGAGUGUGGAGGCAAUGAGGCAGCGGCUGCAGCAGAUGCAGGAGGAGAUGCGGCGGAUGAAGGCACUGCAGGAGAAGGCUGCUGCUGCUGCUGCUGCUCCUGGUGGCGAUAAGGCUGCUGCUAAAGCUAGUUCAGCAACAAGCAAUGCUGAUGCUGCGCCUGCUAAGCCCACAGCAGCUGCUCACCCCAACGGCACGUUGUCAACCUCACCGCACUCCACCGCACUGCACGCCCAUGCACCCACGCCCUUCUCCCUCGUGCGCAAGUCUCCCUCCACAGGGGACGCUGACGAUCGCUCCGUGCUCGUUUCGAAUGUGCAUUUUGCAGCAACGGUGGCAGCGCUCACGCUCCACUUCGCAGCAUGUGGGGAGAUUCGCAGAGUCACCAUCCUCACUCAUCCCCUCACUGGCCGCCCCAAAGGAUGUGCUCAUAUCGAGUUCGCCACUAAGGAAGCGGUCGACAAGGCCCUAGCUCUCAACGACGCUUCGUUAAUGUCACGCCCGCUCAAGAUCGUCCACAAGCCCCAUGCAGCAGUGGAGGCACUCCCCUCUGCUACCCCACCACCCAUCACGCCCACCCGCCCCACUCGCCCACUCCUCACGCCCACCAAGCUCCCCUCCCCUGCUCCGGGCACCAGUCCCACAGCCCUCGCGUCCCCCUCUGCCCGGGUUGUGCCUGGAAAGGCCCUGGCUGUGGGUGUGAAAGCGCAAGCUGUUCGCCGGCCCUCUGCCAGAGGCAGCUUGCAGUGGCGGAGACAACCUGAGGAGUCUGCUCCUGCUGCUGCUGCUGCUCCUGCUGCUGCUGCUGCUGCUGCUGCUGCUGCUGCUGCUGCUGUUGCUCCUGCUGCUGCUGCUGCUGCUGCUGCUGCUGCUGCUGCUGCUGCUGCUGCUGCUGCUGCUGCUGUCGCUCCUGCUGCUGCUGCUGCUGCUCCUCCUGCUGCUGAGACUAAGGUCGAGGGCAAGGGUGGUGUGAUAGGCAAUUCAAAGGAAGCUGUGCAGAAAGCAACAGCAAAUUCUGCACCUGUGGCAGCAGCUGCUGCUGCUAAAGGAGGCGAGAUCGAGGGGUGA